UUACCUGCUAAGAUGAGACUGACGUUUGGGACUCUGCCCAUCAAGGAGAACACUUGUGCCUCUCUGUCUGGUGUCACUGUUGCUCUGUGUCUACUCACCCUCCUCUUGAUGGCCCUCAGGGGCCGAAAGAGCCACCACCACUACUCCCAAUUGGACCACACAAAAUAUCCCCCUCCUCCUGGCCCCACACCGUGGCCCCUUGUCGGCAAUCUGCUCCAGAUGGGAGACCAGAUUCAUCUUUCUCUGACCCGCUUGAGGCUCCAGUAUGGCGAUGUUUUCAAGAUGCAUCUGGGCUCUUUGACUGUUGUUGUCCUGAGUGGAUACACCACCAUACGACAGGCACUGGUUCGGCAGGGAGAAGCCUUUGCCGGCCGACCUGACCUGUUCACCUUUUCUGCCGUAGCCAACGGGACCAGUAUGACUUUCAGUGAGAAGUAUGGGCCGGCGUGGAUGCUCCAUAAGAAGCUGUGUAAAAAUGCCCUCAGGUCUUUCUCCCAGGCUGACCCCAGAGGAUCUGGAGCCACCUGCCUGCUGGAGGAGCAUGUCUGCGCCGAGGCAGCUGAGAUGGUGGAGGUGAUUCGGGAACAGGCCGCUGCUAAAGGAGAUACUGCGGGUAUAGAUCCGGUGAUGCCCCUGGUGACCUCAGUAGCAAAUGUCGUCUGUGCCCUCUGUUUCGGGAAGAGGUACGACUACAACGACAAGGAGUUCCUCACUAUCGUUCACAUCAACAACGAGGUCCUGAGGAUCUUUGCAGCGGGGAACCUGGCUGACUUUUUCCCUGUGUUCCGCUACGUUCCAAGCCCGUCUCUGAGGAAGAUGGUCCAGCACAUCCGCAGGAUGAACGGAUUCAUGGAGCGGAGCAUUGAGGAGCACAUCAGCACCUUUGAUAAGAACUGUAUCCGGGACAUCACAGACGCUCUGAUUGCACUUUGUGAGGACAGAGACGAACGCAAGGACACGUCGAUGCUCUCCAACUCUCAGAUCAUUCACAGCGUCAUAGACAUCUUUGGAGCAGGAUUUGACACCAUCAUUGCUGGUUUACAGUGGAGCCUGCUGUACCUGAUAAAGUUUCCUGACAUCCAGCACAGAAUACACCAGGAAAUAGAUGACCACAUUGGCACUGCCAGACUGCCCACGUUUUCAGACAAGCCCAAGAUGCCUUUCACGGAGGCGUUCAUAUAUGAAGUGUUUCGCCAUGCGUCAUACGUCCCAUUCACCAUUCCUCACUGCACCACGAGAAACAUCACCCUGAACGGAUACUUCAUUCCCAAAGACACGUGUGUCUUCAUUAACCAGUAUCAAGUCAAUCAUGAUAGUGAUCUUUGGGGGGAUCCGGACACAUUUCGCCCCGAACGCUUCCUGGGACCGUCGGGACUCCUCCACAAGGAGCUGACGGAGAAGGUUCUCAUCUUCGGCAUGGGGAAGCGGCGCUGCCUCGGUGAUGGAUUCGCUCGUUUGGAGAUGUUUGUCUUCCUCACCACGCUGCUCCACGGCCUGCAGAUUGAAAAUGUCCUGGGGCAGGAGCUGGAUCUCGGCACCGAUUUCGGUCUAACUAUGAAACCACGUCCGUACAGGAUUUCUGUCUCCUCCAGGUUUUAG